GCUCAGACGCGCCCCGCAGCAGCUGCAGCCAUGAGGUGUCUUCUGCUGGCCGUGUGCGUGGCCCUGGCCCGUGGCGCCCAGGACAUCUUUGUCCCUCAGAUCGGGGAGAACCUGGACGUCCAGAAGGUGGCUGGGCCAUGGUACCCCAUGGCCAUGGUGGCCAGCGACGCCGCCCUGAUGAACGCCGAGCGCGCCCCCAUGAGGCUGUACAUCAAGGAGCUGAGGCCCACCGCCCAGGAUGGCCUGGAGAUCACCGUGCGCAGAUGGGAGGACGGCAGCUGCGUGGAGAGGAAGAUGUUCGCCGAGAAGACCGAGGCCCCUGCCUCCUUCCAGAUCCACAGCCAGGACGACGACAGCGCGGCUCCUGAGGCGGCCCUGGGGGAGGGCAAGGUGCACGUGCUGGACACCGACUACAAGAACUACCUGUUCCUGUGCCUGGAGGCCGCUGCCGCCCCCGCCCAGCAGAGCCUGGCCUGCCAGUACCUGGCCAGGACCCCAAAGGCUGACAAGAUGGCCAAGGAGCAGUUCAGCAGAGCCGUGAAGCUGCUCUCCACCCACACCUCCAUCACCUUCACUCCAACCCAGGCCGAAGAUAGGUGCCGUGUCUAGGCGAGCUGCUGCCCACCUACCUCCUGGGGAGCCUUGGCCCCUCUGCAGAGACGACAUCACCUGUCCUCCCAGGUCCGAGGACUCAGGGGGGACUGAGACCGUGGAGGCAGCUGGACAUUACUCCUCCUGUCACCAGGCUCCUCCAGGCCCCAGCCUGGGACUAGGGCUCUGAGCCUUCCCCGAUUCAGCAAUAAAGACGCUGACCAGCA